CAACGGUGCAGCUGCCUUGGAGCUCCAGUUCUCAUCUUCUUUGCAAAGGGAAUGGAAGUCCUUUCUGCUCUCUGGGUGCUCCUCUGUCUAAGCUUUUGCACUCUCUUUUUAUCUUUGGCAUGGUCAGUUCAUUAUGUCAUUACCAGGACACAUAUUCCCCCAGGGAUAUGUCAACCUCGAAAAAUGCAAUUUAUUACAAUCUGCAUGCUUUUGGGACGUAGACUGGCAGUGCUUCUGGAAAAACUGGGCAUCUGCCACCGUUACAAAACCUGGAGGUUCUUCUUUAAAGGCAUCCCACCAAGGAAGAGUUCAGAGCUGGUCAUAAAAGAUCUGCUUUUCAACGGCGUGACGGUGAGGGUCUACUGGCCCCAAACGUUGCCUUCCGGAGACACGAGAGGAAUGGUGUUUGUCCCCGGAGGUUUUGGAAUGAGCGGAGGCAUCCAGGCAUACGAGAGGAUGUGUCGCUUCAUUGCCCGAGAAAGUAACACUGUGGUUGUGAGCGUUGGCUUCCGUCUGGCUCCGGAGCAUCCCUACCCAACCCAAAUCCUCGACUGUUACACUGCUACGGUCCACUUUUUGAAGAAUGCCAAGGAAUACAAGGUGGACCCCAACCGUGUCACCAUUGGCGGGGACAGUAGCGGAGCCACAUUUGCAGCUGUGGUUUGCCAAAAGCUGGCAACCGUGAGGGACCUUCCCAGACCCCGAGCCCAGAUCCUGCUCUACCCAUACUGCCAGAUGCUAGAUUUCAAUUUGCCUUCCUAUCAACAAAACCAAUCCGUGCCCCUCUUGUUUAAAAAGCGGAGUGUCAAACUUGGCGUGAGGUAUCUGACCGGGACGAAGGGGAAUGUGGAGGGAGUUAUGAGGAACGCCCAUGUUCCUGAGGAGCUGCGGGUGAAGUACCAAAAGUGGGUUUGUGCAGACCACAUUCCCGACGAAUUUAAGGCCAGGGGCUACGUGCCGGUGGAGCCAGCUCCAUUUUCCAAAGAGCUGUAUGGACUCAUGGAAGAAGGUUUGAAGCCAGAAUCAUCCCCACUUUUAGCAGAAGAUGAAGUUAUCCGCCAGCUCCCGGAGACUUUCCUCUUGACGUGCGAGUAUGAUGUCCUUAGAGACGAUGGGCUGCUAUAUAAGAAGCGGCUACAGGACAACCAUGUUGCCGUGACUUGGCAUCAUCUGAAGGAUGGAUUCCAUGGGAUCAUGUCUGGGAUAGAUUGUGGGGCACUUGAAUUUUCCAAUGCACGAAGCAAUUUGCAACAUGUAGUGAGAUUCUUGGAGCGCCUAUGA